AUGUCAGGCUCAUAUUAUUCCCAGUGUUCCUCUAUUGAUGGUGAUGGUGAAUGCGAGAGAGUGUGUGGGAUUGAAUACUUAGAUUUGGACCAAGUGGGUACGUGUUCCAUUCCUAGUCCACCUGAAUGGCCUCCAUUAUUACAAGUACCAGCUCCACAGUUUCGAGCAGUGAGAAGUGAUCAUUUUCUUUCAUUUGGAGAUUUGCCUAAUGACUCCUACACAAGUAAAGGUUCCUGCCCUACAACUGUACUUAUUACUAGUAAUAACCAAUCCCUUGGAGAGAAAUUGGCUCGAAAUAUGUUCCCAGGUUCAUGCAAUGGUUUGGCUGAUGUUGUAUUGCGGUCAGCUUCGAAGACUCCGGUAUCCAACAUUCUUGAACCUACUUUCUUCUCGAGUCUUCCAGUCUACUAUGUGCAAUCUCAAUGUCAAGCUAACUCCACCUUUUCUAUUUCAGUCCCAGUGGGGUCCACGAAAGUGGAGAAAGGUAUGAAUUAUUUCGAUGGCGUUAAUUGGUCUUCUGAUAUUAACAAUGAGCUGUAUGCGGGAUACAAGAAGGGAAACUCGGAGAAGAAAAUAAAUGAGAUAUUAGCAGGCUAUGAUUUCAUGAAUUCGAAUGUCAGUAAUUAUAAUGUGAUACUACGGUACAACUCUACCUACAAGAAUGAAUUCGAAUGGGACAGAGUCCUACUAAAGGUGGGACAGGGGGUGAGGAGGUCGGGCAGGGACAGGGGUAGGGGCAGCAACAACAAGAGCAACUAUCGUAACUGUUAUUUUCCUGUUCAUUCAAGAUGGCUCAGGGAAAAGGCUUGUCCUACUCAUAUUCUUUGCCUCACUCAUCUAUCUGAAGUAACUCCUCAACUAUUUGCUCGGUUAAGCUCUCACCCUGAAGAAGAUGCUAGGAAAUAG